GCCUCAUCAUCGAGCCAAAUUGGAGGCACCUGUUCCUCUUACCUCACGAAAGGAACACUUUCGGUGCCUUUCGUUUAAGCUACAUUUUUUACUUGACAACUGUUCAUUUAGUAUGUCCGCGUGAUUAUAUUACAAUGAAGAACAGUUUGAGGAAAUAUUUUGCAAACAUGGAUGAAUAUUUCGCCAGAAAUGGUCUAUAUCGGAAAAUGGUUGCUCGAGAUGCAUCUUGCUUAUUUCGAGCAGUCUCUGAACAGUUAUACUACACCCAGUUCUAUCACCAACAAGUCAGGACCGACUGUGUGAACUUCAUGAGAAGCAACAAAAGCAUCUUUGAGACGUAUGUCGAAGGGUCUUUCGAGAAGUACUUGGAACGACUUGAGGACCCCAUGGAAACCGCUGGUCAGGUCGAGAUCAAGGCGUUGUCACUGCUGCAUAGGCGGUGCUUUGUUAUCUACAGGUUCCCGGGUGGUCCCCCAACUGAAAUAAAACAGGAUGGCUUUGAAGACAAGAUUUUGCUGUGUUAUUCAAACUCCAAGCAUUAUGACAUUGUUUACCCAAAGACCUACGUCCCAGCAGCCCGAGCAUGUCAAACACUGCUGUACGAGUUACUGUACACGGCUGUGUUUGGAGUGGACCCCAAGGACGUGCAGGCGGCCAUGGAGGUGUGGAACGACCGCCGCCGCCGCAACAGCCACUCGAUGUGCAGCGAUGAAGGGGGCUACGACAUGUCCGAUGAAAGGAGAGAGGAGUGGGAUAUUGACGGCAACUGUUUCAUCGAGGACGACGUAAGAAUAGAGAAUGAAUCAAAGGCAACUGAGGAACCAGCGACUUUCACUAUAUCCUAUCAAGUCUUGAAAUCUCUGGAUCCUAACACAUACCGGAAUGUGGAGUAUGAUAUGUGGCACUUUAUGCGUAGAGAAUUAAGGAAGACGGACUACGUAGUCAUCGCUGGAAGACAAUACUACUUGGGAGACAAAUGCCAGGUACGUCUGGAACCGAAGGGAAGGUACUACAACGCCUUCAUCCAGGAAGUGGGCAGCAAGACCAGCGUUGUGACCGUGUUCAGUGAGGAGCUUGGAGAGAGGAUCCAGGUGUCUGUGACUAAUGUAAAGCCAGUGAAUGCUGUUCCUGCGUGUCAGGUCACUCCUCUUACCCACGGAGGCACCUCCGAGCAGUAUCCCGCAGACCAGGACUUUGAGGUACGUGGAAGACGGCGCUUCUACCGCAAGCCCCGUGGUGUGGCAUCUCCCAUGCCCUGUUCCCGUGCCCAGUCAAGCAUGGGCCCCCGGUUCCAGCCUGCCGCGGGGAACAUGCCCCUGAUCAGACCCGCCGGGUUCCACGGGGGCCCCCUGCCACCCCGGAUGCCCGACUGUGAUCACUACCGUGCCCGCCCAGGCCCCAGACCACACCGAGGCACAGGAUCCCCCAGACGUGCCUCUCGCUUUGUGAAUCGCCAUCCCUUCAUUGAGCCAGAAGUCUCCUUUUAUCACAAUGCUGGCAGGCGCUGUUACCAGAGCUUUGAAAACUACUCCUUCAGACCUCGAGUCCGACGCCACAUGCAAACGAUCACCAAGGAGUGCCAGUUCAGCUUGGUUCCCCCUGGGGCAGAGGAGGUACAAGACAUGGGGGGGGCGGUAGCCUUUUAUGAUAUUGACAAAGGUAACCAGAGUGCCUUUCCCCCAUUGAUGGGCCAGCCUGUGGCACGGCCAAUGAUGGCAGCUGCUGCCCCCUACUGGGCUCCGAGUGCAUGUGGUACAUCCACCGUACCCGGGGAGCAGCCUGACUCCACCUCCGAUGAGGACACUGAUGACCGCAGCAACGGAGAAGAGCAAGGUGAAUACUCAGGGGAGUAUGUGUACACAGCAGGAGAUGCAGGCUUUGAGAACCCGGCUGUCUACACGGCUGCAGAGUCCACCGCCAACCUGACCAUCCAAGAAGGGGGCUCGUGCUCUACCUCAGCACAGGACGGUGCUGCCACAUACAGCUACUCCCAGCAGGUGGUGGUGAAGUCUGCUGUGAUUUCCUCUUCCCAGCCCGUGGCUCAUCCCACAGCUGAGAUCUUCCCGGCCACUGGCUCCUCUGCGUCCUCCUCAAGGGCCUCGGACACUCCCCCUGACCCAGAGGGUGCCUUCCUCACACACCACGGCCAACCCCCAGCCGCAAGGCCAGGUGUUGCUGCGGGCAUGUUUAUGCCGUACCCAUGGCAUGUGAACGAGAUGGCAGAAGUAGUGGGGGUGGCCGCACCACCACCCCUCUCUUGUGACCCAAAUGGGAACGAUCUUCCUGAAGAUUACAAAGUUCUUCAAUAUUACUACAACAUCGGAGUGCAAUGUUGCCAGUCCUACCUGCACUCCAUGGUGCAUGCCAACCAGGUGUACCACCACCACGGCGCCGAGAACCACUACCAGCCAUACCAUGGCAACAUGAUGGAGCACGGCGCGCUGGAGUCCCUCUCUGAUCCCACCACCGGGGGGCACCAUAGCCAGCCUGACUCCCAGGCCCCUGGGCCCCCUUUGAGUUUGGACACCCCCCCUGCUGCCCCUCCGGGCCAGGUCCUCUACCCGCUGCUGCAGGAUUCGCGGAGCAUGAGCAUGCCCUUCCUCCCCCACGUCUACGAGCCGUACGUGGCGCCCGUGGCCUCCCCUCCGCCCACCUACCACUAUAUCACCACCUGGAUCCCUGGGGGCCAUGGCCAGCAGCCCUGGCCACACGCACACCCCCACCACACCCACACCCAUCCCCACCCCCACCCCCACCCCAUAGACUACGGCCCCCUCCCCCCCCAGCACCUCCCCCGCUCCCCGCACAACACCCACGCACAUCUCACCCACCACCUACCUCCUUCCAGUGUGUAGCACCUUGGCCAGGGAGACAAGAGCCACUGGCUGUCUCGGCCUGCCACGACACGCACCUUUUCCCCCUACGUUGGCCUAGUGUUGCCUGUGUGUUUUGUUAUGUUGACAUAUCAGCACUUUGCCUUUGCUUUGUUUUCUUUUGUGACGGGGGUCUGUUUUUUUUUCCACCACAGUUUAAUGUGAACAGGGGUUAAUGUUUACACAGUUGAGGUUUACAGGAGUACGGUAACAUCUGGUCUGAUGCGUGUAAUCGCUGAUUGAUUUCAUGCCUCCCGCAGUCAGGGAAUGAAGCCGUUCGCGAACAUUCCAUACCUCCUGUUUUGUGUUUUUGGUGUUUCCUUCGGUCAUGUUUGUUUGUCUGUCACUUUCUUACAUGGCAUUUAAGGAUGUUGUUACAAACUGUAGUCACUUUUGCACAAAAGCAUUAAAAAGCUUUUUACAAGCACA